UUCGCGAAGAUAUGCUUAAAAUAGUGCUUAUUUAGGAAUCGGCUGUUUCCGUGAUAUUUCUGUACGUUCCACCAAUGAGAACAUUGCAUUUUUCUGUAUCUGCACUAUGACUUAAGUAGAAGGAUCGAGAAUCUUGUAUCGCUCGACACCCUCAUUCUUUCGCACAACGUGAUACGAUCGAAGGACCGAGGAUUUCAGUGGAACAUUGCAUUUUUCUGUGUCCGCACCAUAACCUAAGUAGAAGAAUCGAGAAUUUCGACUACCGCUCGACACCCUCAUUUUUUGCACAUCGUGAUAUUCGUGAUACGAAGGACCGAGGAUUUCGGUGGAACAUUGCAUUUUUCUGUACCAUAACCUAAGUAGAAGGAUCGAGAAUCUCGACUACCGCUCCACACACUCAUUCUUUUGCACAUUGUAAUACGAAGGACCGAGGAUUUCGUGGAUUUCGGUGAAAGUCACUCGGAAUACAGGGCCUGUUGCACACGCUCUUGAUCUUGUAUAUUCCACAGGAUUGACACCUCCUACCUGUUGUUCACAUAAUGUCAUGCAAAGAGAAGCCUAGUUCAAGUAAAAACAAACAUUAUACGUUGAUGGAGAAAAAAGUAUUUUUCCAGAUACUUGAAAAAUAUAAAAAUGUAAUAGAAAUAAAGAAAAGUGAUGCUACAACAUUAAAAGAUAAAGAUAUCGCAUGGAAUAACAUAUGUGAAGAAUAUAACGAAUCAACAUUAAUUUCUCAAGAGAGAAAUGUGUAACAGUUAAAAAAAUUGUGGGCAAACUUAAAGCAAACUCAAAGAGAUGCCUUAACCAAAGAGAAACAAUCACGCCUCGCAACUGGUGGAGAACCACAGGAAGCAGAAACAAACGUUGAUCCUGAUAUCCUUAAUAUUGCACCGCAUUUUAUGAAAACUGCACCAGUGCUCUUCUCAUCAAACAUGACUGAAACAGAAAUUGAAGAAAAACGUGACUUGACAUUUAACAUAAUGUCUGCUAAUGAAAGUGCAGAUAUAUUAGACAGUUUGGCGAAUAAUGACAGCGAUCUAAAAAUUGUUGAUUCACAAGAUAAACACGAGUUUGCAUUCAAUAUAAUAUCUAGUAAUAAAAAUGUAAAUAAAGUAGACAAUGAUGAGAGCGAUAUAAAAAUUGGUGAUUUACAAGAUACUUUAAAAACAUAUCAAAAACAGUCUUGUACUACCGAUACCCAAAGGAAGAAGAGAUAAUUAUUGAAUUUAUCAGAUACAGAAGAAAACUUAAGAAUGCAACGUAUAAAACAAGUUAUAGAUCAAGAGCAACAUUUAGCGAUUGCUAAACUGAGACAUGAGGAAAAUAUGGCAAAACUAAAAGAAAACCAUUUAAAACAGUUAAAUGAAGUAGAAAUACAGCAUAAAAAUGAAAUAAAUAACUUAGAAAUAGAAAUUAAUAAAACAAAACUUAAAAUUUUGGAAAAGCAAUAUUUAAACAAAGAAAAUAUUAAUUUGAGAUUAUAAGAGAUGAUAAAAAGCACACGUCGAUAACAUUAAGCAAGAAUUGUGCUAGAAGAGAACUGAAGGUGAAAUGUACAUCGGAGGAUCAUCUUUCAUCUUUCCUUUUUUUUCUUUUUUUUUACUCAAGACACGUUUUUGUUAAGUGCAAUCAUCUGUAUAUGCACGCAAACACAAGUGCAAGUUCCCGUAAUAAUGAGUUGUGUGCUGUGAGAAAUAAUUAUAUUUACAAUGAUAUGUUCGUUUAUUUUUAUAUUAAUCUA